AUGUACCGGGUCGGAGAUUAUGUGUACUUCGAGACAUCAUCUACCACCCCUUAUCAAAUACGGCGGAUCGAAGAACUCAAUAAGACCCCGAACGGAAAUGUCGAAGCUAAAGUUAUGUGUUUCUAUCGGCGAAGGGACAUUUCUAGUUCGCUUAUCCUCUUGGCGGAUAAACACCAAAAAUUUCCAUUCUCAGAAGCUUCUGAAGAUUCUCCUCAUGAAACCUCGGCACCAACUCCUCCUACAGCUACUUCAGCGGUUACAUCAGUUGAAGAUGAUUCUGAAGAAGUGAAUGAUGAUAUUACUGAAAAACAACGUCACCAGUUAAAGCAUCGGGAGCUUUUCUUGUCAAGACAAGUUGAGACUUUGCCAGCUACUCAUAUUCGAGGCAAAUGUGUUGUUACACUUUUAAAUGAAACAGAAUCCUUACUUUCUUAUUUGAACAAAGAAGACACUUUUUUUUAUUCAUUAGUCUAUGAUCCACAACAAAAAACCUUGUUGGCUGAUAAAGGAGAAAUUAGAGUUGGUUCAAAGUUCCAAGCAGAAAUUACACCUUUACUGAAAGAAGGUGAAGAAGAUGGGAGAAAUUUAGAAGAAAUGGAACAGUUAAUAUGGCUCCCUGGUCCAAAUAAUACUUUAACACCAAAGGAAAUAGAUCAGUUUUUAAUAUUAGCAAGGUCUGUGGGAACAUUUGCCCGUGCUCUGGAUUGUACAAGUACAGUGAGGCAACCAAGUCUUCAUAUGAGUGCUGCAGCAGCAUCUCGAGAUGUCACAUUGUUUCAUGCCAUGGAUACAUUACAUAGGAGUGGAUAUGACAUUGCCAAAGCCGUGACCAGUUUGGUACCUCAAGGAGGUCCAGUACUUUGUCGUGAUGAAAUGGAAGAAUGGUCAGCCUCCGAAGCUAAUCUCUUUGAAGAAGCAUUAGAUAAAUAUGGCAAAGAUUUUAAUGACAUAAGACAAGAUUUUUUGCCUUGGAAGUCUUUAAAAAGUAUAAUUGAAUAUUAUUACAUGUGGAAAACAACAGACAGAUAUGUACAGCAGAAAAGGAUAAAAGCUGCUGAAGCAGAGAGUAAAUUAAAGCAGGUGUACAUUCCUAACUACAACAAACCUAAUCCUGCAGCAAUCAGUGGGAAAGUAAAUGGUGUAGAUGGUCAGGUGUCAGGGCGAGCUUGUGAAAGUUGCUAUGCUGCUAAUUCCAGUCAGUGGUACUCGUGGGGACCGGCACACAUGCAGUGCCGUCUGUGUUCUUCCUGUUGGAUCUACUGGAAGAAGUAUGGUGGACUCAAAAUGCCAACCCGACUAGAUCACAAGAUUGAAAAAUCAGAUGCUGAAAGGAUAGAUCCUAUGAGAGAGCGACUUGCCCAUCUAAAUGCCAUGAGAAUGCACAGGUGUACAAUAGCUGGCUGUGGGAAGGAAUUCAAAUUAAAACCACACCUUGCUAGACACCUUGCCACAGCGCAUGGUUUGGCUAUCCGAGCUGGCAGUCCGCGGCCAAUGAUGAAGACUAGAGCUGCCUUCUGCCUCAUCACCACCCGCCUAACCAGAAUCUCCAGACGAUUAUGUAAAGACAUUCUUCGACCAAGACAUGCAGCUCGAUGUCCUUUUAUACCCAUCAAUAUUGCAGCUAUUAAACAAGAAUCUGCCGGACUCCCAAUAUUCCAAGAUGGUUCACAAGGACAUCUCAUUGAUGCAUUAACAGCUUCGACUGAGAAACGGGCUGAUAACAAUGGUCAGUUGCGGUUAACAGAAGGUGGCAGCAACCGACUCUCUAUGAACAUGAAAGCAAAACCCCCUGCAACCUUAGAGCCCAUUGUCUCUCGUCUUGGAAUAGAUAUAAAAAUGGAAAAACCUUCUAUGUUCAACAGACCUGAAGGUGAUCAAAGAAAGCAGCCACAGAGGUUAUCUUUCCCACCAGUGUCUUCCCCUAUGACACGCUUACCAGACCCUAAAUCUGAACAAGUGGUUCCUAGAGUUUCAACAAGCCAGCCUUCCAUCAUGAAGAAGAGGGGAUAUGAACAAAGCAAUGGUCUAGAUGGUCCUCCUGCUAAACGACAGGGCCUCGGAGUAAUUCGGCAAGCAGGAAGUGUUCUUAGAACACCAGCUACAAUGCGAGGGUCAGUCAUAAACAAGCACAGUAUGAACGGCCGAAGCAAAACCUCUGGAAUAAGGCCUAUGAAAAUGCACAUGAUCAGCUGGAUUGAUGCACCAGAUGAUGUUUACUUUUUGGCCACGGAUGCAACUAAAAAACUACGAAGACAGCUCUUGCCACAGGACUUCAAACGUGCUGCCCGGAAUCCCUGGCGUGUACUGCCAGCCAAACCAGGAGGACCACAACCCCCAAGUGGAGGCCCCGAUGCAAUACAGGAAGAUAUUAAGUGCUUACUUCAUGGAUUACCUCCCUUGAUUGAGCUGCCUUCACUCCUCUUCCUUCUUUGUCUAUCUCCUCCUCCUUAA